AUGUCACAUCUGGUGGACCCUACAUCAGAAGACUUGCCAGUUAGAGACACAGAUGCAAUACCUCUGGUGCUACCAGCCUCAAAAGGUAAGAAUAUGAAAACUCAACCACACUUGAGUAGGAUGAACCGGGAGGAAUUGGAGGACAGUUUCUUUCGACUUCGUGAAGAUCACAUGUUGGUGAAGGAGCUUUCUUGGAAGCAACAGGAUGAGAUCAAAAGGCUGAGGACGACCUUGCUGCGGUUGACCGCUGCUGGCCGGGACCUGCGGGUCGCGGAGGCGGCGGCGCCGCUAUCGGAGACCACAAGGCGCGGGCAGAACGCAGGGUGGCGGCAGCGCCUCUCCAUGCACCAGCGCCCCCAGAUGCACCGACUGCAAGGGCAGUUGCACCGCCUCGGCUCUGCCGGCCCCCGCCGCGCCCAGCCUCGCGUCCACGUGGGACACAGACAGCUCCACACAGCCGGUGCACCGGUGUCGGAGAAACCCAAAAGGGGGCCAAGGGACAGGCUGAGCUACACAGCCCCUCCAUCGUUUAAGGAGCAUGCGACAAAUGAAAACGGAGGUGAAAUAGCCAGUGAACGCAGCGAACUUAUUUCUGGUUCUAACAGUAUAAUUUCUUUCAGCAAUGUCGUAAGUAUGGCUAAACCCAUUGGUUUAUGCAUGCCUAACAGUGCCCACACCAUGGCCAGCAAUACCAUGCAAGUGGAAGAGCCACCCAAGUCUCCUGAGAAAAUGUGGCCUAAAGAUGAAAAUUUUGAACAGAGAAGCUCAUUGGAGUGUGCUCAGAAGGCUGCAGAGCUUCGAGCUUCCAUUAAAGAGAAGGUAGAGCUGAUUCGACUUAAGAAGCUCUUACAUGAAAGAAAUGCCUCAUUGGUUAUGACAAAAGCACAAUUAACAGAAGUUCAAGAGGCAUACGAAACCUUGCUCCAGAAGAAUCAGGGAAUCCUGAGUGCAGCCCAUGAGGCCCUCCUCAACCAAGUGAAUGAGCUCAGGGCAGAGCUGAAGGAAGAAAGCAAGAAGGCUAUGAGCUUGAAGAGCCAACUGGAAGAUGUGUCUAUCUUGCAGAUGACUCUGAAGGAGUUUCAGGAGAGAGUUGAAGAUUUGGAAACAGAACGAAAAUUGCUGAAUGACAAUUAUGACAAACUCUUAGAAAACAUGCUGGACAGCAGUAGUCAGCCCCACUGGAGCAACGAGCUCAUAGCAGAACAGCUGCAGCAGCAAGUCUCUCAGCUGCAGGAUCAGCUGGAUGCUGAGCUGGAGGAGAAAAGAAAAGUUUUACUUGAUCUGUCCAGGGAGAAAGCCCAAAAUGAGGAUCUGAAGCUUGAAGUCACCAACAUACUUCAGAAGCAUAAACAGGAAGUAGAGCUCCUCCAAAAGGCAGCCACAAUUUCCCAACCUCCUGACAGCCAAUCUGAAGCAGCCACUCACCCAGCUGUGUUCCAAGAGAAUACUCAGAUCCAGCCAAGUGAACCCAACAACCAAGAAGAAAAGAAACUGUCCCAGGUGCUAAAUGAGUUGCAAGUAUCACAUGCAGAGACCACAUUGGAACUAGAAAAGACCAGGGACAUGCUUAUUCUGCAGCGCAAAAUCAACGUGUGUUAUCAGGAGGAACUGGAGGCAAUGAUGACAAAAGCUGACAAUGAUAAUAGAGAUCACAAAGAAAAGCUGGAGAGGUUGACUCGAUUACUAGACCUCAAGAAUAACCGUAUCAAGCAGCUGGAAGGUAUUUUAAGAAGCCAUGACCUUCCAAUAUCUGAACAGCUCAAAGAUGUUGCUUAUGGUACCCGACAGUUGUCAUUAUGUUUGGAAACACUGCCAGCCCAUGGAGAUGAGGAUAAAGUGGAUAUUUCUCUGCUGCAUCAGGGUGAGAAUCUUUUUGAACUGCACAUCCACCAGGCCUUCCUGACAUCUGCCGCCCUAGCUCAAGCUGGAGAUACCCAACCUACCACUUUCUGCACCUAUUCCUUCUAUGACUUUGAAACCCACUGUACCCCAUUAUCUGUGGGGCCACAGCCCCUCUAUGACUUCACCUCCCAGUAUGUGAUGGAGACAGAUUCCCUUUUCUUACACUACCUUCAAGAGGCUUCAGCCCGGCUUGAUCUACACCAGGCUGUGGCCAGUGAACACAACACUCUUGCUGCAGGAUGGAUUUGCUUUGACAGGGUGCUAGAGACUGUGGAGAAAGUCCAUGGCUUGGCCACACUGAUUGGAGCUGGUGGAGAAGAGUUCGGGGUUCUAGAGUACUGGAUGAGGCUGCGUUUCCCCAUAAAACCCAGCCUACAGGCAUGCAAUAAACGAAAGAAAGCCCAGGUCUACCUGUCAACCAAUGUGCUUGGAGGCCAGAAGGCCCAGGAAGAUGAGUUCAGAUUGGAGUCUUGGGAACCUCAGAACGAGCUGCAGAUUGAAAUCACCAAGUGCUGUGGCCUCCGGAGUCGAUGGCUGGGAACUCAACCCAGUCCAUAUGCUGUGUACCGCUUCUUCACCUUUUCUGACCAUGACACUGCCAUCAUUCCAGCUAGUAACAACCCCUACUUUAGAGACCAGGCUCGAUUCCCGGUGCUUGUGACCUCUGACCUGGACCAAUAUCUGAGACGGGAGGCCCUGUCUAUACAUGUUUUUGAUGAUGAAGACUUAGAGCCUGGCUCAUAUCUUGGCCGAGCCCAAGUGCCUUUACUGCCUCUUGCAAAAAAUGAAUCUAUCAAAGGUGAUUUUAACCUCACUGACCCUGCAGAGAAACCCAACGGGUCUAUUCAAGUGCAACUGGAUUGGAAGUUUCCCUACAUACCCCCUGAGAGUUUCCUGAAACCAGAAGCUCAGACUAAGGGGAAGGAUACCAAGGACAGUUCAAAGAUCUCAUCUGAAGAGGAAAAGGCUUCAUUUCCUUCCCAGGACCAGAUGGUACCUCCUGGGGUUCCCGUUGAAGCUGGUCAGUCUCAAGCAAGGAGAAAAUCUCCUCAUGGGGGAGAAAGAAAGGAAAAGGAGCACCAGGUUGUGAGCUACUCAAGAAGAAAACAUGGCAAAAGAAUAGGCGUUCAAGGGAAGAAUAGAAUGGAGUAUCUUAGCCUUAACGUCUUAAAUGGAAAUACACCAGAGAAUGUGAAAUAUGGGACCAGAAGUUCUAUAACUGCAACCUCUUCUCUAGCAGAUAAAGAAUCCUCUGAACAAGGUUCUGAAGUCAGUGAAGCACAAACUACAGACAGUGAUGACGUCAUAGUGCCACCCAUGUCUCAGAAAUAUAAGGCAGAUUCAGAGAAGAUGUGCAUUGAAAUUGUCUCCCUGGCCUUCUACCCAGAGGCAGAAGUAAUGUCUGAUGAGAACAUAAAACAGGUGUACGUGGAGUACAAAUUCUACAACCUACCCUUGUCGGAGACAGAGACUCCAGUAUCCCUAAGGAAGCCUAGGGCAGGAGAAGAAAUCUACUUUCACUUUAGCAAGGUAAUAGACCUGGACCCACAGGAGCAGCAAGACCGAAGGCAGUUUCUGUUCGACAUGCUGACUGGACAAGAUCCUGAUCAAGGACAUUUAAAGUUUACAGUGGUAAGUGAUCCUCUGGAUGAAGAAAAGAAAGAAUGUGAAGAAGUAGGAUAUGCGUAUCUUAAACUGUGGCAGAUCCUGGAGUCAGGAAGAGAUAUUCUAGAGCAAGAGCUAGACAUUGUUAGCCCUGAAGAUCUGGCUACCCCAAUAGGAAGGCUGAAGGUUUCCCUUCAAGCAGCUGCUGUCCUCCAUGCUAUUUACAAGGAGAUGACUGAAGAUUUGUUUUCAUGAAGGAACAAGUGCUAUUCCAAUCUAAGAGUCUCUGAGGGAACCACACUAAAAAGUCUCUCAUAAAGUUAACUUGCUAUAA